AUGGGGAGCCCCCGGGCCGCGCUGCUCCUGCUGCUCCUGCGCCCGGUCAAGCUGCUGCGGAGGCGCUUCCGGCUGCUGCUCUUGCUCGCCCUGGUGUUCUUGGGGCUCUGGACUCUUUAUCUGGAACUGGUGGCUUCGGCCCAGGUCGGCGGGAACCCCCUGAACCGGAGAUAUGGCAGCUGGAGAGAGCUGGCCAAGGCUCUGGCCAACAGGAACAUUCCAGCGGUGGAUCCAAAUCUCCAGUUCUACCGCCCCCAGGGACUGGGCCUCAAGGACCAAAACUUGGAGCAAGCUGGGAGCGGUAACAACAGCUACUUAAGGUGGAACAGGCCGGUGCCCUGGCUCUCGGAGUUCCGGGGCCGCGCCAACCUGCAUGUGUUUGAAGACUGGUGUGGCAGUUCCAUCCAGCAGCUCAGGAGGAACCUCCAUUUCCCGCUGUACCCCCAUAUCCGCACAACCCUGAGGAAGCUGGCCGUGUCCCCCAAAUGGACCAACUAUGGCCUCCGCAUCUUUGGCUACCUGCACCCCUUCACUGAUGGAAAGAUCCAGUUCGCCAUUGCUGCGGAUGACAAUGCGGAAUUCUGGCUGAGCCGUGACGACCAGGUCUCUGGCCUUCAGCUGCUCGCCAGUGUGGGCAAGACUGGAAAAGAAUGGACCGCCCCUGGAGAAUUUGGGAAAUUUCGAAGUCAAAUUUCCAAGCCAGUGAGCCUGUCGGCCUCACAAAGGUACUACUUUGAGGUGCUCCACAAACAGAAUGACGAGGGCACUGACCACGUGGAAGUCGCGUGGCGUCGGAAUGACCCUGGGGCCAAGUUCAGCAUCAUUGACUCCCUCUCCUUGUCCCUCUUCACAAAUGAGACGGUGCUGAAGAUGGAUGAGGUGGGCCACAUCCCACAGACAGCAGCCAGCCACGCAGGCCCCCAGGACCCUCCUCAGGGUGACGAGCAGCCUCCCGCCGACAUGCUGCGGCCUGACCCGCGUGACACCCUCUAUCGAGUGCCUCUGAUCCCCAAGUCUCAACUCCGCCAUGUCCUGCCUGACUGUCCCUACAAGCCCAGCUACCUGGUGGACGGGCUCCCUCUGCAGCGGUACCAGGGACUCCGGUUUGUAAGUCUUGGGUUCAGCUUUCAGGAGUACAUCAAGCUUGAUCAGCCAGAGAAGCAGGAGCCAGAGCAGCCAGGUUUUGAGGAAGUCCUUCUAGAAGAAUCCCAGUAUGGAGAAGCGGCAGACGAGAGCCCUGUCUUGGAUGGCCAGAAUGCCAGGAUGCCAGAGAGGAAGCAAGCACCUCCCUCCACCCCCGGGCAGGACGUCACUGACUACCGCCUCCAAAGCCUGCGGAAACUGCUGGCCCAGUCCCGGCAGCGUCUGCGGGCACCCCUUUCUAAGCACAACUCGACAGCUCCCCUCCCCGUGAGGACCAGCCACGCCCCAGUCCACCAGCCGGAGCAUAGGGAGAGAAAGCCCAGCCCGGAGCCCAGCCCAGACCCACCUCAUUCUGACUCGUCACCCACUGGGCACCUGGCAGGGAACCUGCCUCGAAUGAGGAAGCCCAGGCCCCCUGGUGACAGCCCCAGGAAGAUGCUAGGACAGUCCCAGUGGCUGAAUCAAGUCGAGUCGUACAUUGCAGAGCAGAGAAGGGGGGAAAGGGUGGAGCCUCUGGUUCCUAGGGAGGGAUGGCAGGGGGAGGAGGAGGAGGCCGUAACAGCUAUAGGGCGGGAGGGACAGGUGGGGGGAGAGGAAGACGGGGAGGAAGAGGAAGAGGAAGAGGAUGUGAGUGAGGUGUUCGAGUACGUGCCCAUGUUUGACCCCGUGGUAAACUGGGACCAGACCUUCAGUGCCCGGAACCUGGACUUCCAAGCCCUGCGGACAGACUGGAUUGAUCUGAAUUGUAACACGUCUGGCAACCUGCUGCUUCCAGAGCAGGAAGCCCUGGAGGUCACCCGGGUCUUCUUGAAGAAGCUCAACCAGAGGAUCCGGGGGAGGUACCAGCUGCAGCGCAUUGUGAAUGUGGAGAAGCGGCAGGACCAGCUCCAGGGGGGUCGCUACCUCCUGGAGCUCGAGCUGCUGGAACAAGGCCAGCGCCUGGUGCGGCUCUCCGAGUAUGUGUCUGCGCGAGGCUGGCUGGGCCUCGACUCGGCGGCCGCGGAGGAGCCCGAGGCCCGGAACCUGCAGGGUCUGCUUUGGGAUAAACGCGCCCGGCGGAGACAGGUCCUGAGUGUCCGGAGCCCAGAGCCCAAGCUGUGCUGGCCCCAGGGCUUCUCCUGGAACCACCGAGCCGUGGUCCACUUCAUCGUGCCUGUAAAGAACCAGGCGCGGUGGGUACAACAGUUCAUCAGAGACAUGGAGAAGCUGUUCCAGGUCACCGGAGACCCGCACUUCAACGUCAUUGUCACUGACUUCAGCAGUGAGGACAUGGCUGUCGAGAUGGCCCUGAAGAUGUCCAAGCUGAGAAGCUACCAGUACCUGAAGCUAAGUGGAAAUUUCGAGCGCUCGGCUGGACUUCAGGCUGGCAUAGACCUGGUGAAGGACCCACACAGCAUCAUCUUCCUCUGUGACCUCCACAUCCACUUCCCAGACGGAGUCAUUGAUACCAUCCGGAAGCACUGUGUGGAGGGCAAGAUGGCCUUUGCCCCCAUGGUCAUGAGGCUGCACUGCGGGGCCACUCCCCAGUGGCCUGAGGGCUACUGGGAGGUUAAUGGAUUUGGACUGCUGGGCAUCUACAAGUCAGACCUGGACAGGAUUGGGGGCAUGAACACCAAGGAAUUCCGAGACCGCUGGGGCGGGGAAGACUGGGAGCUGCUGGACAGGAUCCUCCAAGCCGGCCUGGAAGUGGAACGUCUGUCCCUCAGGAACUUCUUCCAUCACUUCCAUUCCAAACGGGGCAUGUGGAACCGCCGCCAGAUGAAGACGCUGUAACGCUGGGGGUGGCCCGCUGCACCGACCACUUCCUGCCCUUGACGUGCAGCUGCUCUCAGGGCCUCUGCUCAUUUCUGGCGAAGGAGAGGGAAGGGGAGCAGAGGCCAUGCUGGGCC